AUGGCGGGAAUCAUCCACAAGAUCGAGGAGACGCUCCACAUAGGCGGUGGCGAAGAUCACAAAAAGGACGACCACAAAGAUCACAAAAAUGACGACCACAACAAGGACAAGGACAAGGACAAGGACAAGGACAAGGACAAGGAAGGCAUCGUCGACAAGAUGAAGGACAAGCUCCAAGGUGACCACCACGGUAGCGGCGGCCACGACGGCGAGAAGAAGAAAAAGAAGAAGGAAAAGAAGAAGCACGAUGACGGUCACGAGAGCGGCAGCAGCAGCGAUAGCGACUGA